CUGGCCUGUUCAUUGUGAACCCAGUUCUUUUACUGGUAGCUGGCUUGCGUUAGCUAACCUAUUUCUAAAACUAACCAGCCAAUAUGGUAGGAGGACGACCCUGAAGAAAACUUCCCUCCAAUGAUGUGAUGUAGGAUCUAAACAUGUGCGGUAGGACUGCUUGCACUCUCGCUCCGGCUGAGGUUCGGCGCGCCUCCCCGUAUCCAGACCGGACCGGGCAGCGCCGGCGGCCGCAGUGGAGGGACGGAGAUGCCGACAAGUACCGGCCAUCCUACAACAAGAGUCCUCAGUCCUCCAGCCCGGUUCUGCUCUCCAAUCGCCACUUCAACAAGGAAGCCCCAGUGGAUGAGUGUGUCUUGGCAACAAUGCGGUGGGGCCUUGUGCCGUCCUGGUUCAAGGAGAGCGACCCCAGCAAAAUGCAGUACAACACCUCCAACUGUCGCCGUGAGAGCUUGUUGCAGAAGAAGUCUUAUAAGGAACCCCUGUUGAAAGGCCAGCGUUGUGUCAUCCUGGCUGACGGCUUCUACGAGUGGAGGAGGCAGGGGAAGGACAAGCAGCCCUUCUUCAUCUAUUUCCCCCAGAGCCAGAGAGCAGCAGGGCCCACCCAGCAGGGCACGUGGGGAGGGCCAGAAUGCCAGGUGCCAGACAGACAGAGUGUGGGCCACAGAGACGAGCAGGACAAUGAUGAGAGUACAGAAUGGGCAGGUUGGCGCCUGCUUACCAUCGCAGGGCUGUUUGAUUGCUGGAUGCCCCCUGGUGGUGGAGAGGUUCUGUACACUUACACCGUGAUCACAGUGGAUGCUUCAGAAAACUUGAAAAGCAUCCAUGACAGAAUGCCUGCCAUCCUUGAUGGAGAGGAGGAAGUGAGACGAUGGUUGGACUUCGGAGAAGUGCGAUCGCUUGAAGCCCUGAAGCUUCUCCAGUCCAAGUCCUGCCUGACCUUUCACCCCGUCUCCCCCCUCGUCAACAACUCCCGCAACAACUCGCCCGAGUGCCUUCAGCCCCUGGACCCUGCUGUCAGGAAGGCUCCUCAGGCCUCGGCCAGCAGCAAGGCGCUGAUGAGCUGGCUGAAGACCGGCUCGCCCAAGAAGAGGAAAGAACCGGACCACAAUGACGAAGCCAAGGAAACCGAGCCAACCCCGCCCUCAGGGAAACGCGAGGCUAAGCCAAUUGGACCCCUGCAGCAGUGGCUGCUGGGAUACGGUGCCUGCAAGAAACCGAGAACUUAAAAGCGUUCCUUCAGUCUGUCUCUGGUUCAUUUUUAUUUUAAGUGUGAGACACUUGGCUUAACAGCAGAUCUCUUGCCUCACAAUUAAGCUGGUGCUCUGAUGAAUUUUGCUUUGCUUGCUGAGACCUCUCAAGUAGAUCACUUUAUUAAUAGCGUAAAAGCCUGCACAUUGUUAUGAUAGUAAAAAUUCAAAUGAAGGUGGGAUAUACUUUUUUGUACACACAGCAAUGAUUCAGGAUCAUCUCAUGAUCUUUUUUCCCACUUAGUGCCCUAACUGAUCUGGGACGGUGUAAAAAGGCAGAUUGUGUGUCUCUUAUUGAAGUCUUUAAGAUGGUGCUCGACUAUCCUCAACACACAAACCCAGUUGUUCAGUCGGUACCCGUGACUACCCCGGUCCUCUGCCAGUGCCAAGUGUACAAAAGUGAGCACAGAAAAUCCAAACAUAUCAACCCAGGGUGAUCUUAAACUGAGACAGCUGAACACAGCUGGGGGGGGUGUAUCACAGGAGUUGGGUCAACACGUAUGGCUUGCCCGUUGCCUGUUCCGUUAACUGUUUUGCAUUUUGCGCAGUGCCAAACCACAGGUGUCCUUUCACAGAUUUUGUGUACUGUUGUGUUAUGGAGGAGGUCUGUACCGAGGAGAUUCCACUUACUCCAGCGUGAGGUUGUUUCCACUCCAGACAUCAGUGCUGAGCUCAACAGGACUGGAAUCAGGUCUCGCCUACAAACAUUAACAUUUUUUUAAAAUAAAAAAAAAAAGUAAAAUCUGAAGGCCAUUGAACUGUGUUCAUAAGUCAUAUUUUAAAAUGGUAGUACAAUCCAUUAGACUGACCACCCCCUUAUCUAUUUUUAAUAAAAAUAAACACUGAACAAACCAGGUUUAUUCAACAAGGUUUUCUCCUUUUUUAAUUUUCAUUAUUAUUGGAAAUACAUUAGUUUUCAAAUGAAGUCUAUGCUGUGCUGUAAUAAAUGUCACAAUGAAUACUUUUUUUCAUUGUGGCCUAGUUGUAUGUAUGUAUGUAUUUGUCCAUUUAUUUAGGUCAGUUAAUAAGACAAUAAGAAUCAAAAGAAUGAUAAAGUUGAAUAAACCGAAACACCUGAGUGAUAUCAAGUGCUUCCUUGAAGGAACAAAAUAUAGGAAACAAAGGAGUCGGCUCACGUUACUAAUCAGAUCAUCCUCAGCACGUCCUGCUGACAAUGACAAACCGUCCCCCACAAAA